GUGGGGUAUAUACAGACAAUACAGGUUUGAUUGUUUGCCAUUCAGGACCAUAGGAAAGCUGAGUGAUGAUCCCUGUGGGAGGGUCUCUCCUGGCAGGUGGUUCGGCUGGGAGUAGUAGUUCCCAGCUGUUGUGGAUUUCUCUCCUUGACCAGACGUCGCGUCUACCUGUGAAUUGUGGGUAACCUGGGGGUCACUUUGUUGCUGCCCAUUUGUCCUUGAGUCAAUAUUUGCCAGGCCGGGUGUCGAUGGAGGGCGGCGUCACGUGACAUCAGGGUGAGGUCCUCUUAUUCUUCUUCCACUUCUUUCAGGUGCAGAUUUCCCUCAUCCCGCUGGAUAUCAUCUGUCUCCGCCAUAUUGUCCUCCUCCAGAAUCCCCUCCGCACAUCAGCGCUCGGCUGGAGAACAGGGAAUUAUGGGAGAAGUUUAAUGCUGUGGGAACGGAGAUGAUACUCACCAAAAACGGAAGGCGGAUGUUCCCGGAGCUGUCGGUCUCAUUGUCGGGCCUGGACCCCCACACCCUCUACUCCCUCUGCGUCCAGGCCGUCCCCGAUGGCGAGAACCGGUACAAGUGGCGCGAUGGUGCAUGGAAUAUGAGCGGCAGAGCCGAGCCUGGACCCCCAACUCGCCUCUACCUCCACCCCGAAUCCCCGGCCCCCGGUCACCGAUGGAUGGAGAGACCCAUCUGCUUCAACAAGAUCCGACUGACCAACAACACCCUGAGCCAGGGCGGACAGAUCGUCCUGCAGUCCAUGCACCGCUACUACCUGCGAUUGUACGUCAUCCCCACCUCAGGUAAUGGCGCCCACCCGCGCCCCGCAUCCUCCAUCUCCUUCUCUGAGACGUCCUUUAUAGCGGUCACCAGCUACCAGAACCCUAAGCUCUCAUUGUUGAAAAUUGAAGAAAACCCAUUCGCCAAAGGAAUCAAGUAUUUUAAGAGUCAGCAGGAACACAACACCCCGAGAAAAAAGCAGAACAGGACGGGAAUAGAUGAAGAUGGGUCUCCAGAGUGUAAGAGACAUAAAGAGAGCGCAGCCGAAAUGACAAGUCCUGAUAGAGACAUCAGAGGGGAAGGGCCACUUGUCGUAGAUGAGGAUACUGAAGAGAGACAUGAGAGGCUGUCUGUCUCAGAAGAGAGCGCAGCUGAAGAGGUGACAGAACAGAAAGAGGAGGAAGGAGAGAAGAGACAGAGUCCCAGGGGUAUCAGGCACAUGGCAGACACCACAUCCCCACCACACAGCAGAGACCGGAGACAUAGGGAUUGUAUAGAGGACAGAGAAGAGACCUCCCACAGGACGGACAGUCUGGUGCAGUGGGACCCCAUAACACAGAGACCAGUGUGGGCGCCCCCCUCUGCCAUCUCUCCGCUGCCGGCCUAUCCUUCUCCCGCCUGCCCAUUAGGUCACAGAUUUGCACAUCCAUCCCCUUCCGCAUUGGCUCCAUUUCCCUCCUCGAUCUCUAAUUUUCCCACAGUCGUCCCCUAUUUUAUGGGGUCCUGGGCUUCGCCACCAGUUAGACUGAGUUACCCCCUUUCUGCGUUGCAUCCAUCAUUCCUGCAGCAGAUGUGCACUUCCCCCUGGUAUCUGCCCUCUUAAUGAGACCGCCAGGGGUCUCUGAUGGACAACCCAACAUGGACUGCAUAAGGACGAAUGGUGAAUCAAGGACAAGUCACAUGGUGCCUGACUGAGCAGAGGAGGAUGAGGACCAAGACAUCCAUAGCCAAGAGGAACCGGAAGAUGUUCUGCAGCAGAGAGGACAAAGUUACUAUGGACACAGGCGGUGCUAUAUGGACAGUCUCUUUGAGUGUAUAUAGCAGUGGUCUUCAAUCUGUGGACCUCCAGA